AUCAUAACACUAGACGUCAUAUUAAGAUUAUAUUUACAUUAAGCGGCAGUGUUUAUUUCUGUCAAAGUGACUACUUUGUAACUGUACGGAGUACUGUAUCAGAACAGUGGCAAGAUGGUUUUGUGUUAAUUGUAAGAAGUCCCUUAGGUGGUAGAGCAGGCAUUUUUCACCCCAAGUGCACAAAUGCAGAUCUUGCCAGGCUUGUGGUAGCCCCUGUUCAUGCAAGUCUUUCCAUGGAAAGUCUAGACAGAAUAUUGUGUUCAGACACUGGCUGUCGCUGAGUACACAAACAUAUAGAGCAACCUCGGAGGAGGUUGUAAAAAUGUCAGUUGGCGGCUCAAUACUGAGGAGUAUGUCUGUCAGUCAUUGGAAACUUAUAAAUCAGCUGAAAGAAUAUGUGUCAAAAUCCUCUUCAAAUGAGAAAGGAUUUCUGUUUGUUCUCAAUAAAGAAUGGGCCUCUGUGCUACAGAAACUGACCAUGACUUAUGACUCAGUAGAGUCUCAUACAAGAAGAAAUGUUGAUACAGACACUGCUAUAGUUGACAAGAAAAUAAAAAGUGAGAAGGAACCUCCAAAGACAGAUUCCAAAGAGCCUGCAGCAAAGGAAGAUGAAGGUUACAGUUUGCCACAAGUACUGACUGGUCUAAAAUUGAAAAAGAAUUCCAGUCAGAAUGUUGAAAUGCCUGAAGAAUCAAUACCAAAAUGGAAAUCAUCAAUAGAAGCUGUGUCAAAGAUCAGCAUCAAUUCCAGAACAAGGCAUGUAAUAGCAUCAAUUGCUAAUGCUGAAAGUGUACAGUCUAGACUGAAACGUCUGGAAGAUCUAGCUAGUCAUUUGAAUCAAUAUCCAGAAGCCAAACACCUUGCUAUAAAGGAAGGAGUCCUUCGCCUUUUGCUUCAGACACGUAAAAGAACAGAUGAUGAACUUACACUAGCUGUCUUGCGUGAAACAUUGGCUGUACUUGGCCAUGUUGAUCCUUUGCCUGGAAGAGGAAUUAGGAUUCUUUCUAUUGAUGGUGGAGGAAUAAGAGGUGUACUUGUGAUAGAGUUGUUAAAGAAGUUGGAGGAGCUCACUGGAAAGCGGAUUUAUGAGAUGUUUGAUUACAUCUGUGGUGUUAGUACAGGAGCCAUACUUUUAUGUGUUCUUGUGCCACAAAAGAAAACAUUGACUGAGCUAUCAGAAAUGUACAAAGAAUUGAGUACAAAGAUAUUCACACAGAGUGCAUUUUGGGGAACAAGUAACCUGGUGUGGAGUCAUUCAUACUAUAACACUGAGAUGUGGGAACAGCUCCUCAAGAUAUAUGUUGGAGAAACUCCGCUUAUAAGAACAGCUAGAGAUCCCUUAAUGCCGAAAUUGUCUAUGAUUUCUGCUGUGGUAAACUUGCCAAGAGUAACAGCCUAUAUAUUUAGAAAUUAUUCACUGCCAUAUAAAGUUCAGUCACCAUACAUGGGAGGUACCCAGUACAAAUUGUGGGAGGCUGUAAGGGCAUCUGCAGCAGCACCAUCAUACUUCGAAGAAUAUAGAUUAGGUGAAUUAUUACAUCAGGAUGGUGGUGUCUUAGUAAACAAUCCAACAGCUGUGGCUAUCCAUGAAGCAAAGCAGUUGUGGCCUGGUUGUCCAAUCCAGUGUGUAGUCUCAUUUGGCACAGGGCGCACAAAUCCAGUAAUAUGUGGUGAAGAUGUCAAUAGUUCAUCCUGGAAAACAAAGUUUUUCAAAAUACUUGACAGUGCAACAGAUACAGAAGCUGUUCACACAAUGCUUAAUGACCUUCUGCCUGGCAGUGUGUACUUCAGAUUUAAUCCAUAUGUAACUGAAAUGGUGACAAUGGAUGAAAUUCGACCAGACAAGAUAGGUCAGUUGGAACAAGAUGCAGCUAUGUAUUAUCGUCGUAAUGAAGAGACAUUUCAGGAGGCAGCAAAAGCAUUAAUGCAUUCAUCUACAUGCAUGCAACGAGUUCUUAAUUGGAUAAAUCUUCACAGAGAGCUCUUAGGAAUCAAAUAGAAAUAUACUUAUUAUAAGGAUCAUUCCAAGUUCUGACACAGAUGAUUGGUUUGUGUGUCAAAACUUAGAUUCAUCUGAUAGAGCCAAUGUACUGCCAAGUAAAGCAACCUGUUCAAAAUUUUUUCAUGUAUUAUUAAACAGGAAGUUGUGUGCAGUCUAAGAAUCUUCACCCAGUGUUAUACUUAACUUUUAUUUCCAACUUAUGAGAGCUCUGAGGCAAGGAUGAGUAGCAGAAAUUGUUGAAAAUCAAAUAUUUUUCACAAAUCACAGUCUAGGAUACCUCAGUCAGUAUAUUGAUUAGGCAAGCCAUGCCAUAGCUUGGACAGUCAGGUGCUGACUUCUCACUUAAAACAGCUUGCAUUUGUGCCCAGGUCAAUCCAGUGAGAUUUGUGGUGAAUAAAUUGGCACUGGUACAAGUUCUUUUCUGAAUUCUUUGGUUUUUCCUUACAUCUAUCAAUACACUGCUGCUCCGUUUUCAUUUACGUAUCAUCUGGGGGAUGACAAUGGACAUGCUGGUGGCCACAAUUCCACGGAGACAUGGUCACUCAACAGUAACAGUGAUACAGGCUUGGCUAUAGGUAUAUCUGAUAUAAAAUAAAAGUGUUAGUUCAUAUUUUUCUGUUUCUUUGCACAUUUCUCAUCCUGAGUAUGCAACAUCACAGGAACUUAAAGUUUAUAUUCUUCCAUUCAGCUGCACCAUUUUUGUGAGAUGAUUCACAUGUUUCCAUUUGGUCAUAUCUCUCUUUGACAUGAUGCUGAUAACGUCACUACAGAACAUAUAACAAGAGUGACAUUUCUACACCUAAACAGUGUUGUCUCUAUGGCAGACUUAUAACAACAGAUUGGCUGUGGUUGUUUCCAGAUUACAAUAUUGUCACAUCAUGGAAGGAGGAAACAAGUAUCUUCCAGUAAUUCAUGUGUUUAAAUGAUCUGUUCAGGUUCAUAUGAACCUGAAUUGAUUGUCACAACAAACAGUCCUCCCACCUUUAGCUCGUCUUGGUUGUACCUGUCCAUUACCUGGUACCUCUCUUGAAUUGCUGCUGUGUUUGGAAACAGCUGUACUUACAUUUGAUGUCACUUAUCUGAACUGUUACUGGGUUUGUUAUACUUAUGUUGUAGUUUUUUAAUCCUUACUUCCUUAUAAAUUCUGUUUUCAUUCUUUUACUUCAGUGAAUUCUCUCAAAUUGAAGAGAAUGGAAUGAAUAUGAAAUUAUUUUUGUCCAGUCAUGCUGAUCUGCUAAUGUGUGACCUAUGCAAAUAAAAAUUAUAGAAUGUA